AUGACAGACAACGAGAGCCCCAAGCUCGAGGCUGUUGCCAACCUCAGCCCCGUCUCGCCGCGCCCUCUUCAUAACACAUACACUCUCCCACAGGUUCUCCCAGAGCUCCAGGAUCAGGCCGAAGAUCCAGACGUAGUCCCCCUCGAGCCGGACACCUUCCGCACGGCCGCAGCAGCCAUGGCCCCAAACCCUGACCCUCCCGUGAACGCCCUUGACAACAAUGUUGCCGAGGGAUCCUCCUCCGACUCGACUGGCAACGACGCCCAGUCGCAGGACGUUAGCAUCGCCGACGACGACAGCUUCGAAUACGACGAAGACGGGAAUGGUCAAGAGCAGGAGAACCCACAGCAGGAAGGGACAGCAGUCGGCCCUGAGCCGGAGAUCGAUGACUAUGCGAGAACCUUUGAUUCUCCCAAGGAACAGGCCGAUGUCGCAGAUGAGGAAGGAGAGGCUCAACAACCACAACAUGAAGAUGUAACAAAGACGCCAGAAUCCAUGAACAUUUCCGAGCAGCUUGCAGGUGUACCAGAGCAGUCUGCCGCCCAAAUUGUCUCUGCUGAUGCCACCGCCCUCGGCGCGCCCGCCCAAGGCUCCCAACCAACCCACACCGCAUACCCGGCCCAAGACGCCCUCGUCCCUCCAGAGAGCGAUCAGCAGCCUACCCCAGCCUUCCAAGACGCGCUCCCACAUGCCUCCGCCAGCGCUUCUCCCAGCCUACCCCAGCAGUCGGUGUCAUCUCCCGAUCCGGACAAGGUAGACCCCGAUAAGCUAGACACGGCUGUCCCCAGCAAUGAGCAGCCCGACGUCCAGCCCGAGGACGUCGACAUGAACAUGGGAGGUGAUUCCGAUGCCACUGCCAUUGAUAUUCAGAAACUUGUCGAUGAGAUAACUGCCAAAGCCGAGGCCGAGGCUGAGGCUGAGGCUUCGUCCGAGCAGCCACCUGCUAAGCCAUCCGCAUCCCUUCAGACCCCGUCAUCUUCUUCUAUGGAUGUAGACCUGCCUUCUCUUCCUCCCAAGCCUGCCCUGACCCAAGAGCAGUCCCAGCAAACAUACUCCCCAGCCACUUACCACCAUGCUUCUGUGCCCAAUGCCCCUCCUUAUUCAUCUGCACCCACUGGUCUUCCCUCUCAACCUGCAUUCAGCGCCGCCAACGGUACGCCAGGCGCCCACAUGUCGCAGCCACCCACUUACAAUCCCACUCCCUCCUUUGCCUCCUACCCAAAUGCUUAUCCACCCGGCACCGCACCACCUUCACAAGCCCCUGCAAACAAUGGAGCUGGUCUGCAGCAGACAUAUGACGAGUUCCUGGCAGACGAGCGGAAGCACAUGUCUGAGGCCAAAUGGGAACGAUUUCCUGAUGGGUCCCGAAUCUUCAUUGGCAAUCUGUCGCAGGAAAGAGUCUCCAAGCGCGAUGUUUUUGAGUUGUUUCACCAUUACGGACGUUUGGCCCAGAUUUCUCUCAAGUCCGCAUACGGCUUCGUCCAGUAUCAUACGAAUACUGAUGCCCAGGCUGCAAUGAGUGCUCUGCAGGGAGCCGAAGUCAAGGGUCGCAAGAUUAAUCUUGAGGUCUCCAAGACUCAAAAGUCCAAGAAGGAUCGUGAUCAUUCUCCCGAGCGCAAGAAUCGUGACCGAGGCGGCAAAGGUGCCGACCGGUACGACGGACGGGACAGUCGUCGUUCUCGAGGUGGGGACGACUAUCGCCCUGGCCGUUCACCAUCUCCCCCAAGGCGUGGUGAUCAUCGUGGGAGGCAGGACUCUUACAACCGUGAACGUGGUGGCGGGCACCAUGACUCGUUCAACCGCAAACGAUCACGUUCUCCAGAGGCAUUCGGAAGACACGGACACGAAUCAUAUAGGCGUCGGAGCCCGAGUCCUUAUGGGCGUUCCCGCCAAGGAAGUGACAACCUUGACAUACCUCGCCGCUACGGAAAUGACGUUCCCGACGUUCAAAUCCUUCUGAUGCAAGAUGUCCACAAGGACUUUGUCGAGUGGGUGCAGAGGGCGUUCAUGGAUGCACGUCUCCGGGUGACCGCCAUGUUCUUGAACCCUCGGUUUCCUCGCGAUGCCGUUAUCCAGCGGCAGGUUCUCGAAGGCGUCCAUGCUGUUGUCGAGCUGGACAUGCGCGCUCAGACAACGGCCAAAAUCCCACUCCAAGUGUUUGAUCGCUCUGCCGGCAACAACGUUCGUUUCGACCAGUACCAGGAGCUAGACCCACCAAUUGCUGCCCAGCUGGUUCUGCGUACGAAGGGCUCCGUUGCCUCGCAGCCAACCUACCCACCGCAAGCCAGCUACCCACCCCAACCUUAUGCGACGCCGGCACCGUACGGUGCUUAUCAGCAGCCCGCAGCACCGGCCCAGCAGUAUCCCGCGGCCGCGCCAGACCUAACGAGCAUCAUGAGCCAGCUUAGUCAGAUGGGCAAUGUCGACAGCGCGACCCUGCAGACAAUCCUCGCUUCACUCCAACAGCCUCCUCAGCCUCACACACCCUCUCCGGCCAUGCAUCCCGCUCACUCCAUGGGUGCUCAAGCUGCGCCCAACGCAGGAGUCGAUCUCAACGCGCUGAUCAAUAACCUCGCUGCAGCGUCCGCUAAUAAUGCGCCGUCUGCUGGGGCGGCUUCCGGCAUGCCUGGGUAUCCCGCUCCUGCCUACCAACAGGCUCCCCGUGGACCGGCUAUGCCUCCUGCUGCAGGAUCGUCGGACCCGGCCCGUGACGUUCAGAACAUAAUGGACACGCUUGCUAGGAUCAGGCAAUGA